UCCUGCUUCAGCCCAAGCAGCAGGCAGACUCCUGUCUCCCCGGCUGCUAGCAGUCCCUCCCGCUCUCCUCUCCCUGGAGUGGCUCUGCUUCCCUGGGAGCUUUCUCGAAAGAUCAGCUGCUCAAGCUCCGCACUGCUGGCCCCAAGGAAAUGGUGUCCGGGAAGCCCCACAGUGGCAGCCAGCAGGAGCCUGCGCAGGAGGAUCAGGACCCUGACACCCACCUUCUGAGCAUGCCCACCCAACGAGGCCCGCGGAGCUUACCUCCACUUCCUUCAGCUUCUAGAACGGGCUUUGCAGAAUUUUCCAUGAGGGAGCGCAUGAGGGAGAAAUUAAAAGCUGCGAGGUCCAAAGCAGAAAGUGCGUUGCUCCAGGAAAUUCCCACCCCUCGGCCCAGGCGCUUACGAAGCCCCAGUGAGAAAGAACUGGAGACUGGAUUUGGUGCGGAGCCAGGGAGAGAGACCCAAAGGACUGCACAAGACGAUGACUCCCAAAGUUAUUCAAGAGUCAAGUUCCGUGACUGUGUCCGAAAAAUCAAGUCUAAACCCCCGCUUCCGCCUGGCUUCCCUUCUGCCGAAGAAGCCUAUAACUUCUUCACCUUCACCUUUGAUCCCGAACCAGAGGAACUGGAGGAAAAACCAAAAGCGAAACAUACAGAGGGAGCCAGUCAAGAGGAGGCGGAAGGAGAGGAAGAAGGGCCACCUGUUCAAGGAGUAAACAAAACGGAUGAGGAAGAGCUGCUUAAUGGCAGAGGUGCUGAGGAUUUCCUGUUGGGCUUACAUCACGGGGCUGAUGAUUUCGUGGCGGUGAGACCUGCCUAUUAUGAAAGUGUCCACAUUCGGCUGCAGAAGGAGAAAGAAGUCCUAUUCAUACCCAGUAGGCUGACAGUGCCCACAUAUAAGAAGCUUCCUGAGAACGUGCAGCCCAGGUUCCUGGAGGAUGAAGGACUAUACGUUGGAACCAGGCCUGAGGUGCCGCGGGCCACGCAGAAUAUCAUGGAGAACAGGCUGCUGGUGCAGGAGUCCGACAGAAGGUGGUUCGGAGAUGAUGGCAGAAUCCUAGCCCUGCCAAACCCCAUCAGGCCUUCCCCUUCCCGGCCACCAGCCUUGACCCAGGAGCAAGACAUUCAUGCAGAGCUCGAAACACUAUAUAAGAAGGCGGUCAGAUAUGUGCAGAAAACUCAACAUAUGAUUGGAUCUGGAGAUCUUCCUGAAAAUUUCCAAUUGGACAUUGAUAUUUCAGGGUUAAUCUUUACCCAUCAUCCCUGUUUUAGCCGAGAGCAUGUUUUGGCAGCCAAGCUGGCCCAGUUAUAUGACCAGUACCUUGCAAGACGCCAGAGAAACAAGGCACAAUUUCUUACUGAUAAGCUCCAAGCUUUAAGAAAUGCUGUUCAGAUGGGCCUUGAUCCAGAAAAAUCUCAUAAGUCUGUUGAUAUAACCCCAAAAGCCAUCAAUGAGUAUAAAUCUGAAAUUCGGCAAACAAGAAAACUUCGUGAUGCUGAACAAGAAACAGAUCGAACAUUGCUUAAGACCAUCAUAAAAGUCUGGAAAGAAAUGAAGUCCCUGCGAGAGUUCCAGAGGUUUACAAACACGCCCUUGAAACUUGUUUUGAGAAAGGAAAAAGUGGACCAGAAAGCAGACGAAGAAGCAUAUGAAGCAGAAAUUCAAGCUGAAAUAAGCGAGUUGUUGGAAGAACACUCAGAAGAGUACGAGCAGAAGAUGGAAGAAUACAGAACCGAGUAUCAGCAGUGGAAAGCCUGGAGGAAAGCCCAGAGGGCCAAGAAAAAGAAAAAGAAACAAGCAGCCGAAGAACACCCUGAUGAGGAGGUGGAGGAGCCAUCUCCUGGGGAGGGUCCCGUGAAACCCAUCCCCCCGGAGCCCACCCGGCAGGCAGUGCUAGAGCAGCAGGUGCGGGAGAGAGCAGCCCGGAGCAGGAGGAGGCCCGGGGAGCCCACGCUGGUCCCAGACCUGAGCCUGGCCGGGAGUGUGACACCCAACGACCAGUGUCCCAGGGCGGAGGUCUUACGAAGGGAAGAUGUCAAGAGGCGCUCGGUGUAUUUAAAGGUGAUCUUCAACGGCAAGGAGGUGUCCAGGACCGAAGGGCGGCCACUCGGGGCAGACUUCCGAGUUCACUUUGGACAGAUUUUCAGUUUGCAAAUAGUCAACUGGCCGGAGAGUUUAACGCUGCAGGUCUAUGAAACAGUGGGGCACAGUGGCACCACCUUGCUAGCAGAAGUGUUCCUGCCUAUUCCUGAAACCACCGUUGUCACCGGGAGGGCUCCCAUCGAAGAAGUGGAGUUCAGCAGUAGCCAGCAUGUGGCCCUGGACCACGAGGGAGUUGGAAGUGGCGUGCCCUUGUCAUUUGAAGCUGACGGCAGUAAUCAGCUGAUCCUGAUGACCUCGGGGAAAGUGUCCCACAGUGUGGCCUGGGCGGUUGGAGAGAAUGGGACACCUUUAAUCCCUCCACUGUCACAGCAGAACACUGGAUUCAGGAGCGCUUUGAAAAGAGCGGAUGCCAUCUCAUCCAUUGGCACCUCAGGACUGACGGACAUAAAAAAGUUGGCCAAGUGGGCAGCAGAGUCCAAGCUGGAUCCGAAUGACCCCAACAACGCCCCUCUGAUGCAGCUGAUCUCGGUUGCUACCAGUGGCGAAUCCUACGUCCCCGAUUUCUUUCGCCUGGAACAGCUGCAGCGGGAAUUUAACUUCGUUUCAGAUGAGGAACUGGAUAGAGCCAAACGAUUCAGGCUCCUGUGUCUCAGAAGCCAAGAGGUGCCAGAGUUCCGAAAUUAUAAGCCAAUCCCAGCAUAUGACCGAGAAAUCAUGGAAAAGGUAUUCCAGGACUAUGAGAAGCGGUUACGGGACAGGAAUGUCGUUGAGACCAAGGGCCACAUAGAUAGGCACCGGGCCGUAGUAGCCAAGUACCUCCAGCAGGUGAGGGAAUCUGUGUUAAAUCGUUUCCUAAUUGCAAAACACCAUUUUCUUCUCACGGAUUUGAUAGUUGAAGAAGAAGUUCCCAAUAUCAGCAUUUUGGGCCUAAGCCUUUUCAAGCUGGCAGAACAAAAGCGACCCCUGAGGCCCAGGAGAAAAGGUCGGAAGAAGGUGACAGCCCAAAACCUGUCCGAUGGAGACAUAAAGCUGCUGGUGAACAUCAUCCGGGCCUAUGACAUUCCUGUGAGGAGACCAACCACAAGCAAAUUCCAGCAGCCAUCAAGGUCUUCAAGAACUUUCAGGGAAAGGCACGCUGCUUCCCCAACCACACACAGCCCAACCCACAGUGCCGACUACCCCCUCGGCCAGGUUUUAGUCCGUCCUUUUGUAGAAGUCUCUUUUCAACGAACAAUUUGUCAUACCACGACGGCCGAAGGACCAAACCCCAGCUGGAACGAAGAACUUGAACUUCCGUUUAGGGCCCCCAAUGGGGACUACAGCACGACCAGCUUGCAGUCAGUGAAAGACGACGUGUUCAUUAACAUUUUUGAUGAAGUGCUGUUCGAUGUCUUAGAGGAUGACCGGGAAAGAGGGAGUGGAAUCCACACGCGUAUUGAGCGACACUGGCUGGGAUGUGUGAAAAUUCCAUUUAGCACAAUAUAUUGCCAAGCAAGGAUCGAUGGAACAUUUAAAAUAGACAUCCCCCCCGUUCUCCUGGGCUACAGUAAGGAGCGGAGCGUGGUCGCCGAGCGGGGCUUUGACUCUCUCCGCAGCCUGAGCGAAGGCUCCUACAUCGCCCUGUUCAUCACCAUCGAGCCCCAGCUGGUUCCCGGGGAGUCGGUGCGAGAAAAGUUUGAUUCUCAGGAAGAUGAGAAAUUGCUCCAAGCAACAGAGAAGUUUCACGCUGAAUGCGCCUUAAAGUUCCCAAAUCGGCAGUGCCUUACCACAGUGAUUGACAUCAGUGGGAAGACGGUUUUUGUUACUCGUUAUCUGAAGCCUUUAAACCCUCCUCAGGAGCUUCUUGAUGCUUAUCCCAACGACCCACAGGCCACCGCAGAGCUGGUGGCUCGGUACGUGUCACUGAUUCCCUUCCUGCCGGACGCUGUUUCGUUCGCGGGCAUCUGUGACCUGUGGAGCACGUCUGAUCAAUUCCUGGAUCUCCUGGCAGGAGAUGAAGAAGAACAUGCAGUAUUACUAUGCAACUAUUUUCUCUCCCUGGGGAAAAAGGCCUGGCUCAUGAUGGGCAAUGCCAUUCCCGAGGGCCCAACUGCCUAUGUGCUAACUCGGGAGCAAAGCCACUACUUAAUAUGGAACCCCUGCAGUGGACAUUUUUAUGGACAAUUUGAUACAUUCUGUCCCCUAAAAAGUGUGGGCUGUUUAAUAGGUCCUGAUAAUCCGGAAGAGCUUGUUUACCAACGCACAGACAAGGCGGCCGCAGCCGAGCUACAGGACAGGUCACGUGGUGCCGUACAUUCACAUGCACUCUGUCCCUGGGCGUGUAAUCCCAAACUAGAUGAUCCUCAGCCUGGGGCCAUGUGAAAUAAUUUGGGCAAUUACAUUGUAAUCCCUGUUUAUAGACCCCAAGUACAGAUGUGAUCUCUAAAUCCCCUGGCUCAAAGGAGGCUUUAGCAUCAGCAUGGUGUGGGACAAACAGAAGUGAACUCCGGGACGCUAGGCAGGCCUCCAAAAUUCAGCCUCAGAUUAGAGUUCAACAUCAUGUCGUUAUGGGUCUUGUUCAGACAGAUCAUAAUCCCCAGUUUACAUGCCUCUUUUGUCCAAUUAGUGGCUUACUGAACUUCAACCAGUUUAUAAACCUAAAUCAUGGCCUGUAAGAACCUAUUUGAGUCCCUAUAAUCCUUAUAAUCAUGCAAAAUAGAACAUACUCUCUCAGUUUCACAAAUGUGGAAACUGAGGCUCAGAGAGGUCCACAUGCUGUUAAGUGUUCAGGGGGCUAGAGAUCUGCCAGAUGUUCUGACUUCAAAGCCUGUGUGCCCUUUCUAUGUAUCAAGCUCUGAGCAGCAGCAUGUCAAAUCACACAAGACUAAACGUGGCCUGGUUUCAGGUAUUACUACUAGAAAACACCAAUUCACUCUCAAGUUCAAAUUUAGAUAAAGUCUUGUUUGGGAUCCCCACAUAGAACAGCUAAGUGCCAAGAAGUUCCUUAUCUCUUCUAAUAGCUUCAGGGUACUGCAGAUUAGCCUCCCACCAUCUGUUUCUGCAGGAUUGAUGAGAAGUACAAGGCAGUUCUUGCUCAGACCAUCUUGAAACCCAACCUAGAGGUCGUGUUUUGUGCCAAAAUAGAAAGGGAUCCCAGAGUUCUGAGCAGCAGGAAGCCAGCAGGGUCCUCACACCUGUGUCUGGUUAGGGGAGCACAAGGGACUUUAGAACUGGCGAGGCCUCAACUCAAAUCCCAGCUCCCCUGCCAUCAUCCUCCUUUAUCCUAUCUCAUUGAUCCCUCAUAGGUAAGAUUGUGACAGUAUUGCCCUCCCUCAUAGGGUUAUUGUUAGGAGUACAUAAAAAUGUAUAAAAUGCACUAGCACAGUAUCUAGUGAAUAAGGGAUUUACAAGUGGUAGCUAUUUUCUUUCAUUCUGUGUUUAAGCUUCACAUCCUUUGAACCCAAUAUCCAUCACAUCUAUACUAAUAAAAGGGUAAUAUACUAAUUAGACCAGACAUCCAUCUGGACAUCCUUCCGGACAAAGCCAUGGUAGCA